AUGUCUCGUGAACUACUCAAAGUCUUGCAAAUAGUUCUUGUUCUGUUCUGUACCCUGUCUUCAUACUCCAAUGGCAAAUUGAUCCCGGAGGGAGCUGCAGCAUUCGACUCCUCCGAUGGUUUCAUCAUGUUAACCAACACCACAAAGCACGCAUGCGGUCAAGUUUUCGACAACGAACCAGUUAAGUUAAAGAACUCAGAUUUUAACUUCUUCUUCGUCUUCGGAAUCGUCCCUGAGGAUAAGCAGCAAGGAUCACAUGGUAUGGCUUUUGUUUUCUCCCCUGGAAGAGGCCUUCCCGGAGCUUCCUCUAAUCAGUACCUCGGAUUAUUCAACGAGACCAACAACAAUAAGACCUCGAAUCACGUGAUAGCUAUCGAGCUAGAUAUACAUAAAGACCAAGAGUUUGGAGAUAUUGAUAACAAUCAUGUUGGGAUUAAUGUUAACGGUUUGAGAUCUGUGGUGUCUGCUCCCGCUGGCUACUUUGAUGAUAGUGACGGAAGCUUUAAGAAUCUUUCACUGAUAAGCGGAAAUGUGAUGCGGCUUUCUAUUGCUUAUAGCCACACUGAUAAACAGCUAAACGUCACCUUAAGCCCAAUUGAGUUCCCUUUUCCGCCGCAGAAACCGCUUUUGUCUUUAAAACAAGAUCUCUCGCCGUAUUUUUCGGACGAGGUGUAUUGGGGCUUCACCGCAUCAACUGGAUCCAUUGGUGCAAUUCAUUAUGUGUUACGUUCGUCCUUAAAUCAAGGAGUAACUGAGCAUCCAAAGUUUGAAUAUAACGUAAUCCCCAUCCUUCCACCAUAUCCCAAGAAAUCUUAUGACGCUACAAAACUCAUUUUAGCCAUCUGCUUAACGUUAUCCUUGAUUGGUGCAUUCGGCGCAUCGUGGACCGGAUAUGUCUUCUAUUUGAGGCAUAAGAAGGUUAAAGAGGUUCUUGAGGAUUGGGAGAUUCAGUAUGGUCCUUACAGGUUCGCUUAUAAGGAUCUUUUCAGUGCCACAAAGGGUUUCAAGGCGAAGAGACUUCUUGGAAGAGGAGGAUUUGGUCCAGUAUAUAAAGGGAUACUUCCAGGUUCUGAUACAGAGAUCGCUGUGAAACGGACUUGUCCUGAUUCAAAACAAGGGAUGAACGAGUUCCUAGCCGAGAUAUCGACCAUUGGCCGUCUUAGACACCCGAAUCUAGUGAGGCUUCUGGGAUAUUGUAGGCACAAAGAGGAUCUCUACUUGGUUUACGACUUUAUGCCUAAUGGGAGUCUUGACAAGUAUCUGCACAGAAGCGAGACUCAACAACGGCUCACCUGGGAACAACGUUUCAAGAUCAUCAAAGACAUUGCAUCCGCUCUGCUCCACCUUCACAAAGAAUGGGUACAGAUAAUCAUCCAUCGAGAUAUUAAACCAGGAAAUAUCCUCAUGGACCACGAAAUGAAUGCGGUGCUCGGGGAUUUUGGAUUGGCGAAGCUACAGGAUAAGGGAUUUGACACUCAGACAUCACAAGUAGCGGGAACCAUGGGGUAUAUGGCACCUGAGUUCUGA